UUUUCUCCCCACCCGCCAACAGCACUCGCCAUUCUCCUGCUGAAGACCACGCAAAUCUCCAGGCACACCACCACCGAGCAUGGCCAGUGUGGAUCAGCAUGAGGGCACCGUCCAGGUGCAGGGCCAGCGGCUCUUCUUCAGAGAGGCUCGGCCUGGCAACGGGCAGGCUGCUCGGUUCUCUGUGCUGCUGUUGCAUGGUAUCCGCUACUCCUCUGAGACCUGGCAGAACCUGGGUACUCUGAAUAGGCUGGCCAAGGCUGGCUACAGGGCUGUGGCCAUUGACCUACCAGGUCUUGGGCGGUCCAAGGAAGCAGCAGCCCCUGCUCCUGUUGGGGAACUGGCUCCUAGCAGCUUCCUAGCAGCUGUGGUGGACGCCUUGGAGCUGGGACCCCCAGUUGUGAUCAGUCCAUCAUUAAGUGGCAUGUAUGCACUGCCCUUCCUCGUGGCCCCCGGGUCCCAACUCCGGGGCUAUGUACCAGUGGCUCCCAUCUGCACAGACAAAAUCAAUGCUGCUGACUAUGCCAGUGCUAAGACCCCAGCUCUGAUUGUAUAUGGAGAUCAGGACCCCAUGGGUUUCUCCAGCUUUCAACACCUGAAGCAGCUGCCCAACCACAAAGUGCUGGUCAUGGAAGGGGCGGGGCAUCCUUGCUACCUGGACAAGCCUGAUGAAUGGCACGCGGGCUUGCUGGAUUUCCUGCAGGGGCUAGCAUGAGACUCAGUCCUGCUGAAGCGGGUGACAGUCUGCCUGCUCUGAGAUCUCCCUCUGUCUUCUGGUCUCUGGUUUGAACCUCACCUGCAACAGGUCUCUCUAUACAUCUGUCCGAGUUCCUGUCAUUUCUGCUUUUCUCUUGCAGCGACAGAUCAGAUCAAGGAGCUAAAAUCAAGUGGAAAAAGCCUCGGAUUCAAGGGGAGGAAUCUGAUUGUGGGUAAUCCGUGAGCUUCUCCUAUAGGCUUCCUUGCUUGGCUUUCACUGCCUUACUUUCCUCUCCCUCUACCUCCUUCUUCAGCUGCUCUGCAUGCCAGACCUUCCCUGCACCCCCCUUCUCCUCUUAGGCCACAGAUAACAUACAUGUCUGAAUGCUUGUUUAGAUUCAUCCCACACCCAAACAGCCCUUCCCUUGGGAGCAGCACAUGGGUGCACAUGACUGGAAUGAUACCCACAUUCUUACACAGCUUUGCAUCAUAUGCUUGCACAUGUACACGUGCAAUUCCCUGUGAAAGAAGGUGGGGCCUCUUUAUGAGCCAGUCUUUGUAAAAGACCCACUUGCCAGGAUAAGGAUGUGGUCAGCCCUAGAUUUCUCUCACCUACACGUUGCAAUUGGUCCCUGAUCAGAAUUGCUUCCUCAGAAGGGGAGGUACACCCCUCUGACUUUCAAAUAUACCCGUUAAUCUUUCCCCCUUCUUUCUGGGGGGGGGCUGCACACCUCCCCAGGUCAUCAAGCCUGAAUCUUCUCAGCCAAGCCUGUUUCCUGCUAUGAGGUUUGGGGGUGAGAUGGAGAGACUGACUGUGGAGGUCUCUGGAAUAAAGUGAUGCAAUUAGACCUCA